GGAAAAUAAACGAUAAGCAAAAGCUUAACCACCUUUCACCUUUGAAUUUUGAUGUGAUGAUAUAAUUUACAUGAAAUAUGAUUAACUCGUUGCCGAUUCUCUGUUAAGAUCCUUUCUCUCGGGAUCCUUUAUCAUCAAUCACAGAGUCCUAUCAAGUCAAAAUCAUGACUGCACCAGAAGCUGUCCGGGGAGUUAUAUGUGGGGCAUUCCUUGGUCUUAGUCCCAUUGAUACAUGUUCCUAUGAUAUCUACUCUGUUAGGUUCAAUAAAUCCAAUGUAUGUAAUAGAAGGAAAAGAAUUUCAGUGUGUGUGACCGCGCAAAGUAGUUCAAGAUCAAGAAUAUUCCAUGUUUCCAAGAGAAUGCAUGUGUUUCAUACUACAGAUAAAGCUCAUCAUGGAAAGACUGAUUUUGAUAUAUUAGAAUCUACUAUGUGCAAUUGUAAACGGCUAGAAAGUGUUAGCAGCAAUACAACCAAUGAUCAAGACAGUACCCGGCCGAAGCUGGACAAAAGACCAACAGUGGGUUCUCUUAACGAGACUGUAACUGAUAGUACACAUCAUGGAGAAGCAAUUGGGGUAGAUGGAAAUGUAAAACAUGAAAAUGGAGGUUUUAACAAGUUUCCUAGUGAUGGACUCGUUCAAGAUCCAUUGCACAAGGUCGGUGAGAAUUCAAUUGAGGAUGAAGCAUGGAAUUUACUGAGGGACUCUAUUGUUUAUUAUUGUAAUAAUCCCGUUGGAACUAUUGCUGCUAAUGACCCUAGCAGUACUAGUGUCUUGAACUAUGAUCAGGUCUUUAUCCGUGACUUCAUACCUUCUGGAAUAGCUUUCCUCUUGAAAGGAGAGUAUGAUAUAGUGCGGAAUUUCAUUCUUCAUACCCUUCAGUUACAGAGCUGGGAGAAAACCAUGGAUUGUCAUAGUCCUGGACAAGGAUUGAUGCCUGCUAGUUUCAAGGUGCGGGAAAUUCCCCUUGAUGGAGAUGAUUCUGCAACUGAAGAUGUCUUGGAUCCUGAUUUUGGUGAAGCUGCAAUUGGUCGUGUUGCACCAGUUGAUUCUGGACUUUGGUGGAUUAUAUUGUUGCGAGCAUAUGGGAAAUGCACUGGAGAUUUAUCUGUGCAAGAGAGAGUUGAUGUGCAAACUGGAAUCAAGAUGAUUUUAAAGCUGUGUCUAGCUGACGGUUUUGAUAUGUUUCCAACUUUGCUGGUUACUGAUGGUUCAUGUAUGAUAGAUCGUCGCAUGGGAAUACAUGGUCACCCCUUGGAGAUACAAGCAUUAUUUUAUUCAGCACUUCUGUGUGCACGUGAGAUGCUUACUCCUGAAGAUGGAUCAGCUGAUCUUAUCCGAGCGCUUAACAAUCGUCUUGUUGCAUUAUCAUUCCAUAUAAGGGAAUAUUACUGGAUUGAUAUGAGAAAACUCAAUGAGAUCUACAGAUACAACACAGAGGAAUAUUCAUUUGAUGCUAUUAACAAAUUCAACAUCUAUCCAGACCAAAUUCCUUCAUGGUUGGUGGAAUUUAUGCCAAGUAAAGGAGGCUAUUUGAUUGGAAACCUGCAACCAGCUCAUAUGGACUUCCGUUUCUUCUCUCUUGGAAACUUAUGGUCCAUUGUGAGUAGUCUAGCCAAUACAGAUCAAUCACAUGCAAUUUUAGACCUUAUUGAAGCAAAAUGGGCAGAGUUAGUAGCCGACAUGCCAUUCAAGAUAUGUUAUCCUGCUCUCGAAGGCCAGGAAUGGCGGAUUAUAGCAGGAAGUGAUCCCAAAAACACUCCUUGGUCCUACCACAAUGCAGGCUCGUGGCCAACUUUGCUCUGGCAGCUUACCGUAGCAUGCAUUAAGAUGAAUAGACCAGAUAUUGCUUUAAAGGCUGUCCAAGUUGCUGAGAGGCGGAUAUCGAAAGACAAGUGGCCUGAAUAUUAUGAUGCUAAGCGAGCUAGAUUUAUUGGGAAACAAGCACGGCUUUUUCAAACCUGGUCUAUUGCCGGAUACCUUGUAGCAAAACUCCUCCUUGCCAAUCCAAAUGCUGCUAACAUCGUCAUUAGUGAAGAGGAUUCGGAGCUUAAAAAUGCCUUUACUUGUAUGAUCAGCGCCAACCCAAGAAGGAAACGUGGUAGGAAGAAACAGAGCUUCAUAGUAUGAGCUGGUCUCGUGAAAUAGAUAGUCCUACCAAGGAAACGGUUUCUGUAAAAUAGUGCUACCAGGAUUUUGUUGAGUUUUGGUUUCAUUUGGAUAAGUGAUAUUUCUUGUAACAUACAAAUUAAAAUUUGUAGUGAGGGUGACGUGAUUACAAAGAUAUGGUUCUUAUAGUUAAUUCUGUUAAUUGUUAUCCUGCAAGUAGUAGCCCAAUCGUAGUUCUCUCUUGAAAUUUAGU